AUUAAAGAGAGUGCAUCACAGACACGGAAUGUCCUCAAGCAGCAUUUUAGUGAUUUGAAGGAGACCCUGGGGAAGCUCCUGGAUGAGCGGCUGGUGACUCUUUUGCAGGAGGUGGACACCAUCGAGCAGGAGACCAUUAAACCACUAGAUGACUGCCAGAAGCUCAUAGAACACGGAGUUAACACUGCAGAGGACUUAGUCCGAGAAGGUGAGAUUGCCAUUCUUGGUGGUAUAGAGGAGCAGAACGAGAAGCUGUGGAGCUUUACCAAAAAGGCCUCACACAUUCAGCUGGACAGCCUACCCGAAGUGCCUCUGCUGGUGGAUGUGCCUUGCUUAUCUGCUCAGUUGGAUGAUUCCAUUCUUAACAUAGUGAAAGACCACAUUUUUAAGCAUGGGACAGUGGCAUCCCGUCCCCCAGUCCAGAUAGAAGAGCUGAUAGAGAAGCCCGGCGGCAUCAUCGUGCGGUGGUGUAAGGUGGAUGAUGACUUUACAGUCCAGGAUUACAGGCUUCAGUUCCGCAGGUGUACCUCAAAUCAUUUUGAAGAUGUGUACGUAGGUUGUGAGACUGAGUUCAUAGUGCUGCACAUAGACCCCAACGUGGAUUAUCAGUUCAGAGUCUGUGCUCGAGGAGACGGCCGGCAGGAGUGGAGUCCUUGGAGCAUCCCCCAGACAGGUCAUUCCACAUUGGUGCCUCACGAGUGGACAACUGGCUUUGAGGGGUACAGCCUGAGCAGUCGAAGAAAUAUAGCGCUCCGGAAUGAUUGUGAAUCCUCAGGUGUUCUCUACUCCAGAGCUCCAACCUAUUUCUGUGGGCAGACGUUAACAUUCAGGGUGGAGACCGUGGGGCAGCCGGACCGCAGAGACAGCAUAGGAGUGUGUGCAGAGAGGCAGAGUGGGUGCGACUCUCUGCAGCGGGACCAGGCAGUGUGCAUCAGUACCAACGGUGCAGUUUUUGUAAAUGGAAAAGAAAUGACUAACCAGUUGCCUGCAGUUACUUCUGGAUCUACUGUCACAUUUGACAUCGAAACUGUGACUCUUGGAACCAGCACUAUUAGCGAAGGUGGAAACUUUAAGCUCCGAGUAACUAUUAGCUCGAAUAACAGAGAAGUGGUUUUUGAUUGGCUACUUGACCAGUCUUGUGGUUCUCUUUACUUUGGGUGCUCGUUUUUCUACCCUGGGUGGAAAGUGUUAGUGUUUUAGGGUUUUGGACGCUUGGUUGGCUUCAGUGUGCAGAGUCACCGUUGCUGUCCUUAGCCCGGUAUAGUUGUAACUGAUUAAAGAAAAAUUGAAUUCA